AAAAAACCAGGUUUUUGAUAAACAACAAGGGGCACAUAUGGAUAUAGUUAAUGCUAAAACUGCCGCUAACUGACGCUAACUUACAAUGACGUAAUUAUUUAUAUUUUAUCAGCAAAAACAGUCUCGAUUAUUACCAUGGCAUUACCACAGAAUUAUAAGCAGGUAGCAUUAUCUGCAUCUGGCAUGGUAUCCACCAAUUCACGUAUUAGAACAUCUGGUAAUAGUGGUAGUGGAUCAGGAACAAGUAAAGAUUCUUCAAGUCCAUUUAUUCAAACUCCUCAUGGACAUCCCGGUUUUACUCCACAAAAAGUUGGAAAAAAUACUCCAGCAGAUUCAAGACUUCCGAAACCUCCUAAAGCUCCGGAAAAACCUUUGAUGCCGUACAUGCGAUACAGCAGAAAAGUAUGGGAUCAGGUAAAGGCACAAAAUCCAGAAUUAAAGUUAUGGGAAAUUGGAAAAAUAAUUGGGCAAAUGUGGAGAGAUUUGCCCGAAGAGGACAAAACGGAGUUUAUUGAGGAGUAUGAAGCAGAAAAGAUUGAAUACGAAAAAAGUCUGAAAACGUAUCAUAAUUCACCAGCAUAUUUGGCAUAUAUUGCUGCUAAAAAUAGAGGAAAAUCAGCGUUAUGUGUAGCUCAACAAAAUAAUGAUGACCGUGAAACUCAUGAACGUUCUACAAGUAGCAGUAAAAAUCAAUCUGCUCAAGAUCGAAGAAUAGAUAUUCUACCUGCUGAAGAUGAAGAUGAUCAAGAUGAUGGUUAUUCUGUAAAACAUGUUGCUUAUUCACGUUAUACUCGCAAUCAUCGUUUAAUUAAUGAAAUAUUUAGUGAUACUGUUGUUCCUGACGUACGUUCUGUAGUAACUACUCAAAGAAUGCAAGUUUUACGGCGUCAGGUUCAGUCAUUAACAAUGCAUCAGAAAAAAUUGGAAGCUGAACUUCAACAAAUUGAGGAAAAAUUUGAAGCUAAAAAACGUAAAUUUAUAGAAGCAAGUGAAAUUUUUCAAGAAGAAUUGAAGAAACAUUGUAAACCAGCAGUAGAUGAAGAAACGUUUAAUAAAAUGGUAGAACGUCAAUAUGAACUCUUGCGACGGGAAAGACUUAGAGGUAAUGAAGAAACUCGUUCAGAUGGCAUAGCAUCAAGUGAAUCAACUCCAAAUUCCACUCCUACCCCGACACCUGCAUCUUUAAAUGAAGAAGCAUCGACAGAGGCUGAAAAUGAAAUGUCUGAAAAGAAAUUCCCAGAAUCUGAGAAACCAAUUGAACAGAAGAAAGAUAAUUCAUCACCACCUUAUAAUGAAGGAAAAUCUGAUUCACCUUUGCAAGCACAUCAAGAGCCGCAAAGUAAUACAAUAAUGUAUACUCCAACCAUUAGUUCAGUUCACCAUCAAUCGUUGUCUCAAGCACCAAAUCAGCAUCAACAUCAGCAACCUUCAGCUCCAUUAUUACAACAUCAAAUACCAUUACAUCAAUCGUCGUCACAAACUCAAUCAUUGGUCACGUCACAAUCAUCUGUUAGUCUUCCUUCUCAACAUACUAAUACAAUUGCAUCAAUUUCUCAACAUCAACCACAACAACAACCUCCUCUUCAAUUAACAACUUCGUUAUCGCAAUCACAGCCACAACAACAAUUACCCCCUCCCGCUUCUCAACAUCAACAACCAACGCAAUCUGCUAAUCAUGUACAGCCAAUGCAAUCUCAAGCACCUUCACAGCAUCAACCAUCACCUUCUCCUCAACAUCAGCAACCUCCACCUCAAACGCAACAGCCACACUCCAGUCUUCCUUCUCAACAUUCCAAUACAAUGUCACAGCAUCCACAACAUCCACAAUCUCAAAAUCAACCUCAGCAACAGCAGCAGUCACCUCCGUCUCUUCAUCAACCAUCACCACAAUCAACAAACCAUGUGCAACCUUCGUUACAGCCUCAACAAUCAUCACCUCCACAACUUCAACAACAACCUCCUUCAUCUCAACAUCAGCCAUCUCCGCCACCUCCAUCAUUGUCUCAACAACAGCCUCCCCCACAAUCAGUACAAUCACAACAGCAACAGCAGCAACAACAACAACAACAAUCAAUACAACCACAACAACAUCCAUCAACAACCCAACAUCAUCCUCUUUCUCCAUCGCCACACCAAGGUCCACAUUCCCAACAACAGCCACCAAUGCAACAACAUCCACCACCUUCUUCCCAACACUCCUCUUCACAACAACAACAACAACAACAACCUCCAUCUCAGUCUCAUCAUCAAUCAUCUUCACAGCCUCCACAACAUCAACAACCUCUUCAACAUUCAAAUGUUCCACCUUCAGCAAAUUCUAAUCCUUCAUCAACUUCACCAUCUCUUUCUCCUGUCCCAGUUUUACAACACAAUCCUCAUCAGACAUCUAAUAUGAUGUCAAAUCAUUCAAUAUCCUCUCAUCAACCAAAUCAACCUACAAUUAUGACAUCUCAAGGCUCUGGGAAUGCACAUGGACCACCACCAAUGAUACCUCCCGCUCAAACAUACUCUCAACAAUACCAACCAUCUAGUGGUCAACCACAGGCACAAAAUGUAUCACUUUCACCGAGACCUCCACAUCCUUCAUAUGGGUACGGUCAACAACAAUCAUACCAUCAAUCUUAUCCUCAAUAUACUCAUUCAUAUUAUCAUCAACCAUAUCCUCAAUAUCCUCCUCACUCAAUUGGAAGACCUCAUACUCACGGAUCACAUAGUCCUUAUCAUGCUCAGCCACCUCAUCCAGUAGCAGAGAAUCCGAACAAUAGUAAUGUUUCAGGACCUAAUUCUACUUCUAAUUCAGAAAGUAAUAAUACUUCAUAUUCACCAGCUCCUUCAGUUCAUAGUGAAACAGAACGACAAGGGUUAUCAGAUAACCAGCCUGAUGGACAAGGAGAUAAUAAAUAAUUAUUUUACUGAUGUUUGCUAAUGAUGUAGCAAAUUAAUUAUAUAUUUUUAGCAUCAUCAAUGUAUGUUAUGUCAAAUACUAUUGCUAAAUAUUCUAAUAAUUUUUUAUUAUUUUAAUGUAUUUCUCGUAUAAAACUUACUUAAUUCAAUUUUUUUUGAAUACAACUAAUAAUAAUAAUAAUAAUAAUAAUAAUAAUUUCAUUACGAUUUAUCAUACUAU